AUGUCCUCUUCAGGCUUAUAUUUUACUGUAUUUCCUGUUUGUUUAAAUACUUGUUAUUUCUUUUUAGACUCUGAAAUAAGCCUGCUUGAUUCUUCUCUUUUGGAUCAUCUCGAUCAAAUCGACAUAUCGGAUUUGGAAAACUAUGUUUUUUCGAGUUCACCUAGUUCUUCGCCUAGUUCUUCGCCUAGUUCCUCACCCCCGGUUUUAGAGAGAGCUACAGGCAAGAACAUUCGUCUCUCGACCCGUGAGAGAGAGGCUUUGCUUUCUGCAAGGGUUUGCCCCGCGUCAGCUCCCCAGCGUGCCUCGGGCAAAAACCUGCAUCUGUCUGCCCGGGAGAGGGAACAGCUGAUCGCUGCGCACGCUCACAGUCCCGGCUUCGGAGCUCCAGCUCCCCAGCGUGCCUCGGGCAAAAACCUGCAUCUGUCUGCCCGGGAGAGGGAACAGCUGAUCGCUGCGCACGCUCACAGUCCCGGCUUCGGAGCUCCAGCUCCCCAGCGUGCCUCGGGCAAAAACCUGCAUCUGUCUGCCCGGGAGAGGGAACAGCUGAUCGCUGCGCACGCUCACAGUCCCGGCUUCGGAGCUCCAGCUCCCCAGCGUGCCUCGGGCAAAAACCUAAAUCUGUCUGCCCGGGAAAGGGAACAGCUGAUCGCUGCGCACGCUCACAGUCCCGGCUUCGGAGCUUCUCCUCCUGUAUCGGGGCCAAGACAUUCACAGCCCCUGCCUCGGAGAUCCAGUCUAGGGCAUCUCAGAAACAGGAGUGGGAGGACCGUUAGGAGGACCCGUAGGCCUGCCAGCACAAGGAGGACAAGGCAGAUACGUGUACGGCGAGACAGACUUGUUUCCAUUGCUCUCCGAUCAGUUUCGUUGAUCGCUGAAAUAGUUCAGCUCAUCUUGUAAUAAGGUUUUAUUUAAUUUAAUUGUUUUUAUUUUUAUUUUAUUUUAUUUUUAAAAUAUAUUCUUUGUUAAACAAUAAAAUGGACAACCAGGAACAAGGUAUUCCAGACCCCUUUCUUGCUUUAGAAAUAGAGUUAGCCCGGUUAAAUGAAAACGCAGAUCAUUCACAGAAUACACCUCCGCAGAAUCAUGAACACCCUGAGGUGAUCAAUAAUAAUAAUAACGAUCCUCUAGAACUGAUUGAUUUGGCUCUUGCACAACUAGCCCGUAGUGAAAGUUCCCCCCAAAAUAACACUCAGGAUUCAGGAUUCGAGCAUGUUGAGGCUCAUUCUCAGCAAAACCUUGCCUCUUCUGACCCUUUCGCGGCUCUUAAUAGCGCUUUAGAAGCCUUAGCACAAAUACAGCACGAGGUUCAAAUACCUCCAGAAUUAUUGAGUCAAAUAAAUAGGUUAAAUCAAAAUAUUUUUAAUGAUAGUCAGCAUUUGCUCAGUUCUACACCACGCUGUGAGUCUGUUAACCGCAGUCCACCCCUACCGUUGAUAAACGGUUUCAAUGAGUCUAAUCAACAACAAUCGUCUGAGAUUGUCUCUGUUAACCCCAUGAAUAAUGCGCCCGAUCACCCCUUUCAACAAGGGGGUAAUCCAGACCAGAGCUGCGCCAGCAAUUCACCACAACCAUCUAUAGUUGUCAGAAAUAAAUUUAAUAACGUUCAAAUUAGAGAAAUUUUGAAUUUCCCUCCUCCAAACGAUAUACCUGAUUAUGCACACUAUUAUCAAGGUGUAAUGGGCGGGGCCCGUGAAAUUUCAGACAGGAUUUUCUCCCAGGCACGUCCAGAUGAUCUUAUACAAUUAGAGUUGAUAGGACCUCAGUUGCAGAAUAAUGUUUCAGUCAUUUUAAGGGACAAUCGUGAUUUGAGUGAAUUUGAAAAUUUAUUUCUCAGGGCGGUACAGUCAAACUGGUCAGUAAUGUGCGAGGGCUCGCUCGAGCUUGUAGCUCAGAUCGUUAGACCCCCGUCAGGUAGUGGAAAGAGGAUGCUUAAACACAUACUUCACAAUGAAAUUGUCAGAAAGAAAAGGCGCUUUUUAUAUAUUGUUCAUAACCCCGCAAAUAAGUUAUGUUUUGCUAUAAGUCUUGCCCACCUUCUGCACCCUGAUUUUAACGAUCAACAAGCAGAGGUUUUCGGUAGAGAAAUUCAGCAAAAAGCUGGUCUAAAUGAUCAAACGCCUGUCGGCUUUAAUCAGAUUAUUACAUUUGAAAGGUUACUCGGAUGUAAAAUUAUAGUAUUUUACCGCAACGAAAACGAUCGCAGCCUUUGUAAAUUUGAAACUAGUACACCCAAUACAGAAAAAACCCUUUGUUUAUUUUUAUUUGAGAAUCAUUACUAUGCUAUCAAAAAUCUAAAAGGGUUUAUGGGUACAUCCUAUCUCUGUAAUCAUUGUUAUAUCGGCUACAACCAUGUGUUAUCACAUUUUUGUCGUGCUCGUUGUUCAGUCUGUAUGCAACCUGACUGUAACCAAUAUUCCAUCUCUCCUAUUGUGUGUCAUGAUUGUAAUCGCACCUGUCGGUCUCCCUAUUGUUUCAAGAGCCAUAAAAAACUCGUUGACAGGCGUGAAAGAUCCGCCAGCA